AUGUCUGGGUACCGUGAGUUUGGGCAGCACGUCCUGCCAGACGGGCGUGUGUAUUCGGGUGAAUGCAUUGAUGGCAAGCCCACGGGCAUCGGCGUGCUGCGACGCGAGCAGAAGCUGGAUGCCACCGUGCCCCACUGUCCUGAGACGGUUGAUGAGGCUGCCUGCAUCGACGCCACCACCAUGCCCUACGGCGAGUACCGCGGGCAGGUCGUGGACGGCGAGGCGCACGGCUGGGGCGUCUUCAUCUUCCCCGACGGCUCCUGCCAGCGGCUCCUCUCGGGUUACUUUCGGCAGGGGCACCACUGCAUGCAGCGGAGCUUCACCCGAGGGCCUCGCAGCACGGACAGCAUCCAGGAUCGGCAGCACGACGACGACGCGUGUGCCAUGGAUGUAAGCAAGCACGGCGGUGAUGGCGAUGAUGGUGGCGGCCAUGGCGAACACGAUGAGGAGCCAGACGAGAUUGUGUGGGACUUCCAGCGCGCCGCCAUCGCCCACAUGUUUGAGAUGCAGCGGCUUCGCAGCAUGCCGCGCCUCGAGACACAGCCUGCCGAUCUCUCCGAGCGCGAGCUGGCGGGCCUCUUCGCCGUGGACUCGAGCGAGCUCGUGGAGAACCUCUCCUAUAUUGCGCAGUGCCUCGACAUCGCCCGCGUCCCGAUUCAGUCGCUGUCGGCAGCGCUGGAUGCCAGCCGCCAGGCCGGCGUCGUCAACACCACGCUCAACCUCACCCACGGCACGCUGCUGCACCCAGAGUUCAACUACGCCUACACGGUGCUGAUGCGGGAGACGCUCUCUGUCACUGGCACCGAGGAGCGCACCGACCGCCACUUUGUGCUCUUCAACUCGCCAUCGCUCAGCCAGGCCCGCACGGAGGAAGACCUUCGCUUCCUCGUCGACGACAUCACGAGCGAGCUCUCCCCGCAGCACGUCGCCUCGUUGCUCAUGACGGGCUCCGAGGUGUGGAUUGCAGGCCACUCCGUUGGCGGCACCAUCGCAUACGUCUUUGCCAUGGAGGUUGUCUGGCGGCUGCUCUCGUGCCCGCAGUCUGCCGCGUGCCUUGCGCGCCUGCACGUGUACACGCUUGGCCAAGCGCUGCUACCUGCGCUGAGCCCAGAUCUGGACACCAUGGUGCGCACAAACCCGCCGCCGCGCACCAUCAACAUUGCGCAGCUGACCAGCCCCACCAAGAGCCGUGCAGACACCAUCAACAGAACCAUCGCCACACAGAAUGCAGGCACGACGCGUGGCGCACGCGGUGCGAGCACACGCACAGACACUCCGUCAGGCAAGCAGACGCCCACACCAGUGCCCAACUCACAGCAGCAUGCAAAGGUGGAGAAGGGAGAGGCGGAGAAGGGAGAAGAGAGUGAGCAGCCACAGCAGCCACAGCAAGAACAACUGGGACACCAGGACGAGGAAAAGCCGCGAAAGGAAGCAAGCGCAUCUGAGUCUGCUGAUGAGACGACAGCUCAUGUGGGUGGGCCGCCACAUGUUACAGCAACCGCACCCACACACGAGAAGGAUGCGGAUGCUGGUGAUGGCGACAGCGAGGAGGUGAAUCAAGCACCUUCAGCAACAGAAGCAGGACACACAGAUGCGCACAGCGCAGAUGGCACUGGCACUGUGACCGAUUCACAGCAGCAGCAGCAGCAGGGGGAACAGAACCAAGAACAAGAGGCGGGCCAAGGCGACACACACGAUGCAACCAAGAGUGUGGAAGGCGCAUGCGAGGAUGAAACGACAGACGCAGAGCCCGCCGUCGGCACUCACAGCGAUGGUGAUACUGAUGACGGUGACGCUGGUGUUAGUGUUGGUGAUCGUGGUGAUCAUGAUGGCAGCAGCAAGGAUGUGCACAGUGAAGAGCAGGCAACUUUGAGCGAGAGUGACAAGAACACCAGUGACACGGCAGAGAGCACAGCAUCAACAGCAACAGCAGCUGUGGAGCGAAAGCUAACAGGUUCAUCUGUGCAGAUCACCAUCUCCCACGAUGACACCACCACGUGUUCUGACCCCUUUCAAGAUGGCGGCAACGACGACGACGACGACGACGAUGGCGAUGCUGACACAACCACCCCAACAACAGCAACAACAGCAACAACAGCAACAGCAGCAACAGCAGCAACAGCUGCAACAGCUACAGCAAGAAUACCACACGACAUGGGCUCGCUCCCGCCCGAGGAACUUGACAGUGAAUGCGCGAAGACCACAACAGACACACGGGAUGGGCAGAGCAAUGAAACUGACAGCGGGCAGUUGACAGUGAGCGAUACCAAUAUCACCCACGAUGAUGAGCGCGGCGACGCGGGUGAUGCUGCUGCCCCUGCACAUGAUGACCACGACGAUGAUAAUGAUGCUGGUGAUGAUGUUGGUGAUGAUGAUGAUGAUGGUGAUGAUGGUGAUGGUGAUGAUGGUGAUGAGGAGGGGGAGGAGGAGGAGGAAGAUGAAGACUUGGCGGCAUCGCAGGAGAGCACUACCGCCGAGCCGGCGGCUGUGGCGAUGGUCCGAGAGAGCAUCAGCACGUUGGAGCAUCUCGGUGUUCACGAUGCGCGUCGCCUCAGCCGCAGCCUCACCAUGUCCGGCAACCCCCGCUCCCGCCUCUACUCCCAGCAGAACACCAAGCAUCACCUACAGCAACACGAGGGCGCACACGACGUGUCCCACCGCCACUCCAUUGUGGGCGACGCCGUGCUGUCUGCUGCGCUUGCAGCCUCGGCAGCGCGCCGUGCCAGCAUCUUUGGCGGUGUUGUUGACCCCCGCACGGCCAGCGUCCUCUCCCGCGACCCAGCGGAGCCGGGCCCAGAGGGGCUGGUCUCGGAGCGCGAGGAAACAGCCCGCACGCGUCUGCUCACGGCGUGGUGUGCGCGGCGUGCGUUUCUCAUCUUCUCCCGCGGAGACGUGUUUCCGUACGUGUAUGGGCUGCAGGCGCAAGCGGACCUGUUUUCCCGCCUGCACGAGGCUGUGACGCACCACAGCACUUUUGUUGAGCAGAACGACGCGAGCGCGAACAUCGGUGUUGGCGGCGGCAGCGGCGACGCUGGGGAGCGCAGCAGCACGAAGCACAAGCCGUUCAAGUACAAGAUGACGGUGAGCGAGGAGCAGCACGCGGCGCUGCAGAUGUUCGCGCGGCAGCUCAUGCAGCGGCACGCCACGUUCUUUGGGCUGGGCACGGAUCUCGGCGCUGCGGAGGACUACGGAUACGAGGCGCCCUGGCUCACGCUGCUGCCCACACUCAACUUCAAGAAGGGUGCAGCCACGGUGCUGCUUGGCAAGGGGCGUGGCCAGACGCCGCACGUGAUGCACAUGUGGCGGACGUACUUUGAGCACGUGCGUGGCGCCGCGAGGAAGCUGGGCGUUGGCGCGUCGUUUGCGCCGCAUGCACACGUGGCGAGCAACGAGCUCAUCAACGAGCCCCCCGGCUCGAUGCGUGUCACCUCGCGCGUGGCCAUGCUGCAGGAUGGCUUGCUGCGGGUGUUUCUCGUCGGCACCAACCUCAACCUCACGUCCGAUAUCGAAGUCAACUUUGCGCUUGUGCUUGACAACGAGCGCUGCACAUUCACGCGCACUCUGCUGAUUGUUGAGCCGCCCACACGCAACUUUGGCGCCAACGGCCGCUCCUACCUUGAACUGUCACUGGAGGUUCCCGACGAUGCACGGCUGGACCUCCACCCGGACUUUGUUGUGCGCACGGACGGCCACAAGGCCCUGCCCUCAAGCCGCUACUUCUUGCGCUGUCGGCUGCGGUCUGCGUUUGGGGAGGCGACGGUUACGUUCAACCAGCGCAUGCUUCUCACGGGGACGUGGGUUGCCCACCGCGACGCCGUGUGGACGGAGACGUUCAGCGUGCAGUCGCCAGAUCUGCUGGUGCGUGGCGCUGUGCUGAGCGCACUCCUCGCGCACCAGGUGAAGCAGCGGGCGCAGCUGCGUGAGCGCGAGUUGGAGGAGGACCACACGAAGCAGCGCAUUACACAGGAGGACACCACGCUCAACGUGGAGCGCUGCGUCGCGCUGGAUGCGUUGAAGAAGCGUGUGGAUCUGGCCACACUUGUGCAGACGUUCCAGCACGCACAGUCACACAGCGGGAACGGGCUUGUGUUGGUUGAGAUGCAGGAGCAGUACAAGGAUGCGGUGAUGGCGACAUUCCCUGUGAAGAUCACGGGCGCGACAGACGAGGAGAAGGAGAGCCAGCGUCGGCGCCUGCAGCAACAGCAACUCUCCAUGGCCGAACACGACAGGUGCAUUUACUUCCACCACCUGCUGCUGCCUGACCAGUGGCUGGGCACGCUGCACGGUAUCCUGGACACCAGCACGGGCAACGUCGUGUUUCCUUCGCAGGAUGUCCCACGCGACUCGCUCGACCCACCGCCACUGCCAGUAAUGCCUCCGCUCCGCACCGCCGCUGUUGCCGACGGCGCCGCGCCAGAUGAACGCGUUCCGCUGAUGGUGUUUCCUCUCCUCGUUGGUCCCCUCGUUGGUCUGCUUGUUGAUGCCGGUUUUACUCGCAACACAUUUGACCCAUCCAACGUCUAUUUCUUCCAUUUCCUGUGGAAGUGCGAGCCGGUGAUCCAAUGCAUGAUCAACUACUGGAACGGCAAGUGUGAGCUCCCCGUUGCGCGGAAGAAAGGCCGCCGCCGCCGCCUGAUGCGGAAAGCGGGCACAGCCGCAUACUUCAGUGUCAAGAGCAUAUUUGCAAAGAUCCAGGAGCGCGACCACCCUGCGCUGCCUGAGGACCAGCCGGUCUCCAUCGCCGCGCAGACGAAACUCGACGCCGUCAAGCGAUCUGCCGCAUACCAAAUCCAGGAAGUUGUAGGGGAGAAAGGACGGCUGGAUUUCAUCUGCGAGCUGCUGUAUGGGCGCAGCGAUGCCAUGCCGCUCUGUGACCUCGAGCGCACUCUCCUCCGCCUCUUCCCAGACAACCAGAUCCCAGGGCCAGGAUGCUUCAACUACAUUGCGAGUUUGCUGACACCACCAGACCGUGCAUCAACAUCAACCAGCGAUGCUGACGAGCGGGACCCGCGGCUGCAGCACGCAGCGGAGCAGCUGCGCCGCAUUGGCGCCGGACACACGCGCGACAACUACACGUUCCGCACCAUUGUCGACUGGAUUGCGACAGUGACGUCCAUCAAGCGGCCACUGGCGCGUCUGCGCGUGCAGGCGCCCGUGAUUGCUGUUGUUGGCCCUCAAGGCGUUGGCAAGACGCAGAUUGUGCAGACGCUUGGCUUUGAUGUGAAGCCCGCGUUUGGCGGCGACGCCAACACCAAGGUGCUGCAGCUGGCAUGA